AUCGCAAAGUGGGCGUGUCCAGGAGAACCAGUAGCCUAGGAAGGUUUCUCCAACAUGUCUGUUUUUCGCUCUGGUGUUCUAGUGUUGACUUCUCCUCUCUCUGCCCUAUCUGUGAGGUUGACACCCAUAUUGGAAUCUGCUGCCAAAAUUGUUCAGGACACAUUGUAUGUGCAUCUACAACCAGGACUUGUUUUGACUGGAUGCGCACAACCUAACUCUACCUAUGUGCCUGCUACCUCUGAAGUCUGCAGCCUCAUCUCCAAACUGUACUCUGAUGCAGAUUUGCACAGCAACCUAGAUAUCCGAGUACUUUUAACUAACAUCAAAAACCAAAGUACCAAUCAACACAAUUUAUCUUCAGUCCAGAAUCUUUCACAUCCUCCAGAAGUAGUACUCACUGACUUUCAAACUAGCGAUGGUGGUCAGUAUAACCCGGCAAAGCAACAACUGGAACGUUAUGCUACCAACUGCUACAGUUGCCAUCCUAACUUGAUAUCAGUUCUUCUUUAUCCUGAUUAUGGACUUUCUGAUGAAGGUAUUCUUCCUGAAUAUGUAGACAAUAUUGACAUACCUCUGGAGAGUUUUAAUGAUGUUGUGGUAGGAGGAACUUUUGAUAGAUUGCACAAUGCUCACAAGAUCCUACUAAGUGUGUGUUGUUUGCUGGCUGAGAAACGUCUCCUCAUUGGUGUCGCUGACAAAGAACUGCUGGAAAGUAAGAUCCUGAAGGAGCUGAUAGAGCCAUACAACCAACGAGUAGAGAACCUGUCCCAGUUCCUGGUGGAUGUGAAGCCCUCACUACUGUAUGACAUUGUGCCCAUCACAGACCCUUAUGGUCCUUCAAUCACAGAUCCAGACCUGCAGUGUAUCGUGGUUAGCGAGGAAACGCGAAAGGGAGGAAUGUCUGUGAACAAGAGACGCCAAGAAAAUGGUCUUUGUGAACUUUUUAUUCAUGAGAUCCGACUAAUAGAAGAUCCUUUGCACUCAGAGAAUGAGGAGGAAAAGAUCAGCUCAUCGAGUUUCCGAAACCGGUUGCUAGGAACAUUACUCAAGCCGCCAUCAGCAAAUCCCAACAUCCCUGCACGUCCCUAUGUGAUUGGUCUGACAGGGGGCAGUGGCAGCGGGAAGACAUCCAUAGCAAAACGACUCGAGGCUUUAGGAGCGGCCCUUAUAGACUGUGACAAAAUGGGACAUGAGAGUUAUAAACCAGGAGGGCCGGCUUACCAGCAAGUGAUUCAGGAGUUUGGAUCAGAUAUCCUUUGUGCAGAUGGAAGAAUUGAUAGAAAAGCCAUUGGGAGCAGAGUAUUUGCAGACAAGGAGCAAUUGAAGCGCCUAACGGAUAUUGUGUGGCCAGCUAUAGCCCAGCUUGCCAGAGAAGCUAUAGAAGAAGCGGCUGCUCAAGGAAUUUCGGUGUGUGUGCUGGAUGCAGCUGUUCUCCUGGAAGCUGGAUGGAAUGAUAUGGUCCAUGAGGUGUGGACAACCGUUAUACCUGAAAAAGAGGCUGUAAUACGAAUAAUGAACAGAGAUGGAGUCAGCGAAGAUGCAGCUAUGAAGAGGCUGGCUAACCAGUUAUCCAACAGCCAACGUGUGGAACAGUCAAACGUGGUACUAUGUACUCUGUGGGAACCAGAAGUGACACAACGGCAGGUUCAAAAGGCUUGGGAUCUUCUUCAGGAACGGAUGAACCAAAAGAAAAACAUUCCGGCAGACAACCCUGUUUUAAUCUCCAAAUUUUAAUUUUGUGGACAAUAGAAAUAUUGAUCUUUAUAAAUCAGUAAUGUUAAUCUCGGACAUUAUUCUAUACCUAACUAAGUGCCACAAGGAAUUGCACGUAACAUACAAUUUUUAGGAAAUAUUAAAAAAAUUCUCAUGAAAGGUACACAUUUUAACAGCACAAUACUGAUUUUAAGAAUGUUUUAGUUGUAACUACAGGGCUAGUUCCUAAAUCUGAUGGAUCUCCCAAUGUAAAGAUUCACUAGGCAUCCCCUAAACUGCUCUAUGUGUACUUUUACAAAUUCAGUAUAGCCUCUUAUCCCUUAGAGCCCACUGCUGGCAGGUAAGACUACAAUACUGGCUUAGCUGGAUAUGGGUGACUGGCUUGGCAGUGUAGUGUGAAUCAUAACACUUUGAGUGGUCUAUAGAAAAAUCGUCCUGCAAAUUUUCCAUAUGCUAGGUCAGCAACAGCUUUUCUCCAGCUAGUGGCCUUCAUCUUCUAGUCAAACAACUGGUUCUCAGUGGCUAAAAAAUAAGAAUGGAAAUUGCACAGUUUCAGUGCAUAUUAACAAAAAACUUCACAUAGAUUAACUGAAUGCUGCUAGUACAUUCUAUUAAUAACCCAUCUGAGCACUUUAAAAACAAGACAACAUUUUGUCUGUUACUUGAUCUUGUAUUAGAUUUACUGACACUGCAUAGUUGCUUUAUUUGCAAGCCAUCAUGGCAUGCUAUUUUUAUUUGUUUUUUUGUGUUAUGCACCUACAUAUUUCCCAUUGCAUGGAACAAUACGGAUUACUGGUAAAGCGUACCGGUGGGUACCACAAACAGGCAUCUUUCCUGCACUUAGUGUCUGUUAAACAAGCAGCUUAUCUAAGGAAAUGUCUUUUAUAUCCAAAAAUCUAUUAGCUUCAAAAAAUAAGCCAUUUGUUUUGUAGUUUCCAUCAUUCCCUUAACGAUGACUGUGCAGAAUGAUUUACAAGUGUAAUUAAGUUCCAGGUGUGCAGAGUGUUAAUGGUUUAAUUUGAUUAAAGAGGUGUUGAAAUCCAA